AUGCCACUUAUUUAUGGGGAAAAUGAGAACCAAUCAAGACGGGGUUUACCGAUUCCUCCCGUCAUGAAAAUUUGUGUGGCCUUACGUUUUUACGCAACUGGCAGUAUACAGGUGGUAUGCGGUGAUCUGGUAAACAUCAGUCAGCCCACAUGUUCCCGAAUAAUCUCGGAGGUGUCGGAACUAUUAGCUCGUAAGGUACCUCAAUAUAUGAAGUUUCCAUCCACAGCGGCAGAAGUUGCAAGACAUAACAGAAAAUUUUUCUUGCUUGGCGGAUUUCCAGGUGUGAAUGGAUGCAUCGACGGUACGCACAUAAAAAAUAAAAGCCCUGGAGGACAGAAUGCUGAAGUUUUCCGUAAUAGGAAAGGUUGGAUGUCCCUUAACGUCCAAGUUGUUAGUGAUGCAGACUUACGGAUACAAGACAUCGUGGUACGAUGGCCUGGAUCGACACAUGACAGUCGGAUGUUUGCAAAUAGUGCCAUUAAGAUGAAAUUAGAAAGAGGUGAAGUUUCAGGAAUAAUAUUAGGGCACAGUGCCUAUCAGCAAACAGAUUAUCUGUUCACACCUGUUCUUAACCCCCAAACACGAUCUGAACGGCGGUAUAAUAGAGCACAUGUUACUACUAGAAACUCUAUAGAGAGAACAUUUGGACUAUGGAAAUCUACAUUUCGGUGCUUACAAAGUACUUUGCAACACAAGUUAAGGAAUUCUAUAAGAAUUAUUAUAGCAACAGCAGUACUGCACAAUAUCAAACGUUCCAGACAAAUUCAACAUCAGACAGGAAAUGAACAGAAUAUGGAGGAAAUUCAGAUACACAACUUAAGAGGCAGAGCUGCAUUUAUAGAACAUAAUUUUAAUUAAUAUGUUAUAUGUCGUUAAUAUGAUAUAAUGUAGCUGUAGUUCAAGAGUAACUUAACUCUUGAACUUUUUAUUGUUUUGAAAAUAAUAUUUGUUUAACAUUGUUAA